UUGAAGGAAUCUGCAGUUCGUGUGCCCUUACAAUUGUAUUUUACACACACAGUUCUCAGCAGCUUGGUCAGUGUAGUAGAGGACAGUAGAGGAGGAGGAUAGAGAGAAGCAGAGGAGGACAUACCAGAGGGAGAAAGAGAGAGGGAGCUCUGCAGCAGGAUCCCCACCGUGCUGAGCACAGGACUGCGUGACUGGUCUGUGCUGGGUGAGGGGGAGGGGAGGCAUAUCAGUGCAACACAGCCUUACUGGAUGAGUAGCAGCAGUAACACUAGCAGCAUCUCAUUUGUGGCUGCUGGGGGCUCGGUCUCACACACACAGGCGCUCCCAGCGCCACCGUAACACAUACGCAGUGGCAGCCACAGCCGUCGUUAGAGCCUGGGCUGGGGCAGGGACGGGGACCGCUACUGUGACGACUGGAGCUACGGCGAUAGCAGCUGCUGCACCAUGGCACAAGCCGCCAAGCAGCUACGCAAGAACAAGGACCUAGCGGAGCUCGCAGCUCAGGAGCUGAAGGAUAAGGAGGAGGAGAAGAACAAGAAGAGGAAUCGAUCGAGGGACCGAAGACGCAAGGCGGAUGCUGCCACCAGUUUCCUCCGUGCGGCCCGUUCAGGGAACCUGGACAAGGCUCUGGACCACAUCAAGAAUAAAAUAGACAUCAACACAUCCAAUCAGAAUGGGCUCAACGGUUUGCAUCUGGCCUCGAAAGAAGGCCACGUCAAGAUGGUCCUGGGGCUACUACACGCUGGCAUUGUCCUGGAGACCACAACUAAGAAAGGGAACACUGCCCUCCAUAUCGCUGCGUUGGCAGGCCAGGAGAGAGUGGUGGCUGAGCUUGUCAACUAUGGAGCCAACGUCAAUUGCCAGUCACAGAAAGGCUUCAGUCCCCUAUACAUGGCUGCACAAGAGAACCACUUAGAUGUAGUAAAGUUUCUGCUAGAGAACGGAGCCAAUCAGAGCCUUCCAACAGAGGAUGGGUUCACGCCACUGGCGGUGGCUCUUCAGCAGGGUCAUGAGAACGUGGUGGCCCUGCUCAUCAACUACGGCACCAAGGGCAAGGUCCGUCUGCCCGCCUUGCACAUCGCUGCACGCAACGACGACACACGCACUGCCGCAGUGCUGCUGCAGAACGACCCUAACCCUGACGUCCUCAGCAAGACUGGCUUCACUCCUCUCCACAUUGCGGCUCACUAUGAGAACCUGAGUGUGGCCCAACUGCUAAUAAACAGAGGCGCCAAUGUCAACUUUACCCCCAAGAAUGGUAUCACCCCCCUACACAUAGCCUCCAGGAGGGGUAAUGCGAUCAUGGUUCGACUUUUGCUGGACAGAGGGGCCCAGAUAGACGCCAUGACCAAGGAUGAGCUGACCCCUCUGCACUGUGCGGCCAGGAACGGUCAUGUCAGGAUCAUCGAUCUCCUGCUGGACCUGGGGGCUCCCAUCCAUGCCAAGACCAAGAAUGGCCUGUCCCCCAUCCACAUGGCAGCCCAGGGAGACCACAUGGACUGUGUGAGGCAGCUCCUCCAGUACAACGCCGAGAUCGAUGACAUCACGCUGGACCACCUGACCCCUCUACACGUGGCGGCCCACUGUGGUCACCACCGCAUGGCCAAAGUGCUGCUGGACAAGGGGGCCAAGGCCAACGCACGUGCACUGAACGGGUUCACUCCCCUCCACAUUGCCUGUAAGAAGAACCACAUGCGCUCCAUGGACCUUCUGCUGAAACACUCUGCCUCCCUGGAGGCCGUCACAGAGUCUGGUCUGACUCCUCUUCAUGUAGCAGCCUUCAUGGGGCACCUGAACAUCGUGAAGAACCUGCUCCAUAGAGGAGCUUCACCCAACGCCUCCAAUGUGAAAGUGGAGACGCCCCUCCACAUGGCAUCCAGGGCAGGCCACUGUGAGGUGGCUCUGUUCCUGUUGCAGAACACAGCACAGGUGGAUGCCAAGGCUAAGGAUGACCAGACCCCUCUCCACUGUGCGGCCCGUAUGGGACAUAAGGAGCUGGUCAAGCUGCUCCUGGAGCACAAGGCCAAUCCCGACUCUGCUACCACCGCUGGCCACACCCCCUUACACAUCGCCGCCCGCGAGGGACACACCCACACCAGCCGCAUCCUCCUGGACGGGGCGGCCCAACAAACCAAGAUGACAAAGAAAGGCUUCACUCCUCUCCAUGUGGCCUGUAAGUACGGCAAGCUGGAUGUGGUUGAGCUGCUGCUGGAGAGAGGAGCCAACCCCAACGCGGCUGGAAAGCAGAAUGGCCUGACUCCUUUACAUGUGGCCGUCCAUCACAACAAUCUGGAGGUGGCCAAGCUGCUGGUUAGCAAGGGAGGCAACGCACACAGCACUGCCAGGAAUGGCUACACUCCCCUGCACAUUGCAGCCAAGCAGAACCAGGUGGAGGUGGCUGGCUGCCUGCUGCAGUACGGAGCCUCUGCCAACGCUGAGUCCCUCCAGGGGGUCACGCCCCUCCACCUGGCCUCCCAGGAGGGCCGGCCAGACAUGGUGGCCCUGCUCAUCUCCAAACAGGCUAAUGUCAACCUGGGGAACAAGAAUGGACUGACCCCUCUGCACCUGGUGGCCCAGGAAGGUCACGUAGGGAUAGCAGACACCCUGGUCAAACAGGGGGCAUCAGUCUACGCAGCCUCACGGAUGGGCUACACAGCGCUUCACGUGGCCUGUCACUAUGGCAACAUCAAGAUGGUGAAGUUCCUCCUGCAGCAGCAGGCUCAUGUGAACAGCAAGACCAGAGUGGGCUACACUCCCCUGCAUCAGGCCGCCCAGCAGGGUCAUACUGACAUCGUUACCCUGCUGCUCAAACACGGAGCCCAGCCCAACGACAUCACCACUAAUGGGACUUCUCCUCUGGGCAUCGCCAAGCGUCUGGGUUACAUCUCUGUCAUUGAUGUGCUGAAGUUGGUCACAGAGGAGGCUGUUUCCGUGAUCACCACAGAGAAACAUCGGAUGAGUUUCCCUGAGACAGUGGAUGAGAUAUUGGACGUUUCAGAGGAUGAGGGCAUUGCAGCGCUAACAUUAGGUGAUGAGUUGCUGGGGAUGGAUGGUGCUCGCCACCUGAAGCUUGACGACCUCAAGGACCAGGAUGAUGAAUUCCUGUCCCCUAAGAAGACCCUGAGAGACUUUGAGGGUGGACUGGGUACCACGCCAUACUCUCCUGCUAUUCCCAGAAUCCCAUGCGUAUCCCCUGAGACCGUCCUGCUGGAGGGGCACACCCCUGUCCCCCUGCCUAAGGACUAUGAUGAGGACUCUCUGAUCCCCAGCAGUCCUGCUACAGAGACCUCUGACAACGUCAGCCCAGUGGCCAGCCCUAUACACACAGGGUUCCUGGUCAGUUUCAUGGUGGAUGCCCGGGGGGGCUCCAUGCGUGGCAGCAGACACCACGGGCUGCGUGUCAUCAUCCCCCCUCGGACCUGUGCUGCCCCUACCCGCAUCACCUGUCGUCUGGUCAAACCCCAGAAACUCACCACCCCUCCCCCGCUAGUGGAGGGAGAGGGCCUGGCCAGCCGUAUCAUCUCCCUGGGGCCCUCCAGUAUGCAGUUCUUAGAGCCAGUGAUAGUGGAGAUUCCGCACUUUGCUGCUCUGGGUCGAGGGGACCGGGAGCUGGUGGUUCUGCGCAGUGAGAACGGCUCUGUCUGGAAGGAGCAUCGCAAUCGCUAUGGCGACGAGGUGCUGGAGACCAUUUUGAAUGGCAUGGAUGAAGACCUGGAGAGUCACGAGGAGUUGGAGAAGAAGAGAAUCCGCCGAAUCAUCUCCACUGACUUCCCCCUCUACUUCGCUGUGGUGUCCCGCGUCCAGCAGGAGAGCGACCUGAUUGGCCCAGAGGGAGGUCAGCUGACCAGUAACCUGGUCCCUCAUGUCCAGGCCAUCUUCCCUGAGACAGCGGUCACCAAGAGAGUUCGGCUGGGGCUGCAGGCUCAGCCGAUCCCAGACGAGCUGCUGACUCAACAGCUUGGUAACCAAGCGACCUUCAGUCCAGUGGUCACGGUAGAGCCACGACGACGCAAGUUCCACCGGCCAAUCGGAUUACGUAUCCCACUGCCCCCUUCUUGGAGGGAGAGUCCACGUGACGCUGGGGAGGGGGACACCACCAGCCUGCGCCUACUCUGCAGUGUCAUUGGUGGAACAGCACCUGCCCAAUGGGAGGAUAUAACUGGCACCACCAAGCUGAUGUACGCCAACAACUGCGCCAACUUCACCACCAACGUCUCCGCAAGGUUCUGGCUGGCAGACUGCCCUCGCACGGCCGAGGCGGUGACCUUCGCCAACCUGCUGUACCGGGAGCUGAUGGCAGUGCCCUACAUGGCCAAGUUUGUGAUAUUCGCAAAAAUGAACGAGGCGCGCGAGGGCCGCCUACGCUGCUACUGCAUGACCGAUGACAAGAUGGACAAAACCCUGGAGCUGCAUGAGAACUUCAGUGAGGUGGCACGGAGCCGGGAUAUAGAGGUGAUGGAGGGCAUGCCGCUGCACCUGGAGUGCUCUGGGAACCUGGUGCCUGUGAGGAAGGCCACUCAGCAGCCACGUAGCUUCAGCUUCCAAGCCUUCAGAGACAACAGACUGCCUGUCUCGGUCAAGGUUAGAGACAGCAAUAAGGAGGCAUCUGGGUUCCUUUCUUUCCUACGGAAGUCUACCAAGUAUGAGGACUCCCAGCAUGUGCUGUGUAACCUCAACAUCACCAUGCCACCCUGUGUCAAGGUUGUGGGGAGUGAGGAGCGCAGGCGAACUCUGACCCCACUGGCCCUGAGGGAGCGCUACAGCAUGCUGAACGAGCCCGGUCUCAUGAAUGCCAUGGAGAGGACAGAGCUCAAGAUCUCCCUCAUAUCUGAACAGCUGGGCUUGAGCUGGGCAGAGUUGGCGCGGGAGCUGCAUUUUGGUGUGGAUGACAUUAACAGAAUCAGGGUGGAGAAUCCUAACUCCCUCCUGGACCAGAGUUCAGCCCUGCUCAACCUGUGGGCCGGCCGGGAGGGCAAGAGGGCCAAGAUGGAGAGUGUGUAUGGGGCUCUCAAAAACAUUGACCGUUCAGACAUUGUGAGUUCAGUGGAGAGCCAGCCACAGGCAGAGGCCGGGGCCUCAGAGGAUGGGGCCUGCAGACUGGCCGACAGCGACUCCACCCUGCUCUCCCCCAGUGUUAUCAAUGAGAUCACGGACACAGGUCGUCCACCUGUAGUCUACAAGCCAAGAGUUAUUGGGCACCCAUUUUUCAGAAGGGGUUACGGGCUGGUGCAGGAGGAGCUGCUCUCCCCGGCCUCCUUGCAGUACAGCCUGCCCUCUCCACUGGGUGCUGAGCCCUACUGGCAGGAGGUCUCCAGCCUGGAGUGUGCCCCAAUCGCCACCACCGAAGAAGACAUCCUGAUGGAAAUGUCUGACGUGCAGGUGUGGCCCUCGGGGGUCAGCCCCUCCCUGGUCACAGUGGAGGACUCAUCCCUGGAUGGCAGCAGCCGGGCUGAUGACUCAGAGGGGGCCACCCUGACCCUUCCCUUCAGCCUGGGGCGCCCCAGCAGUGGGGCAAGCUGGGCCAGUGGCUCCAUCAUGGGGCUGGAGGAGGAAGAGGAAGGGGAGGUAGAAGAGGUGCGGCAGGAGCCAGCAGACAGGGACAGGGUGAGGGCCAGUGGUGCGGUGCCAAAGGUCAACCUGAAUGGCCAGCUGGGAGGUCAGAGGUCGGAGGGCAGGAGGGUGGAGGUAGCAGCAUCAGUGGCGGGCAGCAGUGUGACUGGAGGAGGAGGAGGAGGAGGGCAGAGUUCAGAGGAAGGGCUUUCUGUUGUUUCAGGACAGCAGGUCUAUGCCCAGCUGUGUGAGAUGUCAGGACUGAGCCGAACCAUGGAGCACAACGGAGACAACAGGGUGUUGGGAGGAAGUGCAUUCCAGCCAUACCUACCCGACAAGGACUCCCUGCAUGGCUGGGCGGGGUUGCAGACACCCAGGCUGCCCCGGCAGAGUGUGGAGACGCUGAUAUUGUUACCAGGGUCACGCGAAGCCCAGGAGGCUAUCUUAACGCCGAUUAAUGUUGAUAAAGAGGACUGUGCUGUUGAGUUUCUGGCUGAGGAGCAGUUUGUGGACGAACAUGGAAAAGUCGUCGCUAGAAAUGUGGGGGUGGAUGUGAGGAAGGGUGUUCAGUCAGUGAAGCGUACCAGUCUGCGGAGAGUAAAACACUGAAACACACAUACCCAGUCCUCACGGACCCAACAUCCACUGCCAAACUACCCUCCACAAACACAAAGUCAGGUAACAGAGGGAAAUGAGGAAAAGAUUGAGAGGAGAGAAGAGGGAAUGAAGACUGAUAGAAAGACUAAGAUCUGCAAACAACAAAUACAAACACAAAAUCAUCUGCAGAACGACCCUGGAGUUCCACAGCAAGAGGAAAAGAGACAGAGAUCUACUUGUAGUUUUUUAACAUUUUUUUUAAGAAAAAGAUACUAAACUAGAGUAGAGCAUGAUUUUUUUUCUAUGAAAAACAUGACAAAAUCCAACCCCCAAAAAAUGCAACAAAAAAGUGCUUCCUGUCAACUGUAACCGCAUGAUUGACUGAUGGUGCAUGACCUUUGAACUGUCAUUAUCUACAAACUGAAGGGGUACAAGGUACACGGCCGGCCCAGCACUGGGUCAGGGGUGAGUUUAAGGAUACCUUUUCCCCCAAAAGGGAGUGGUUUGUGUAAGCAAGUUGAGUCUGGUAACACCAAAAAAGUGAAGUAUUUUUUCCCCACAACUGAUUGGUACGAUACAGCGAAGCCAAUGCUGAGCCUACCAAUGCUUCAUUCACUUGGACCCUAUUUCCCUGUUAUUCUAUGUGAUAUAUUCUCUAUGCUUUGUGGAUGUGUGUCUGUAUGUGUACCUUUACU